AUGAAAAGAAAAAAGGUUUCAAUUGAUGCUGCAAGAACAAAAGUUGAUAAUGAGGCAGAGAGUCAUGAUGAACUUUUCCCUUUUUUUGACAAUCUUCCAUCUCACCUCACUGCCAAUAUUCUGCUUCGACUUCCCGUCAAGCCUCUUCUCAUUUGUAAAUGUGUGUGCAAAAUUUGGAAAAGACUUAUUUCAGAACCACAUUUUGCUAAAUUGCAAUUUGAGCGAGCACCACUUAGUUUUAUGAUUCGGACCCUUGACGAUAUUAGAGUGUCGAGAACCAUGUACCUUCUUGAGUGUGAACCUGAAAAGUUUGAGAUUGGAAGCAACAAACAUGUCAAGCUUGAGCCUAUAUUCAAGCUUCCUCUCAUAUCAUUUAGGGAUAAAAGAAGCGAGAUCAGUAAUGAAUUCAAUCGCCCUGUUCGUGCUGCAAGAUUAGUUUCGGGGAAAAACAAUGAGAACAUUGAUAGGGAUAGAACAAACCGUUAUAGUUAUACUGCUUGCAACAAAUAUUAUGAUAAGUUUGAUAUUGUGAAUUCUUGCAAUGGUUUACUUUGUUUGUCUGAACCAACUACCGGAAACCCUUCAGUGAUCUGCAACCCAGUCACAGGGGAGUUCAUAAGACUUCCUGAAGCUACCACGAAUCGAACUCGGGUAAGAAUGGUAGGACAAGUUGGUUUUGGAUUCCAACCUAAUACUAAUGAAUAUAAGGUAAUAAGAAUGUGGAUAAGACAUGGUAAACGUGCCAAUGACCGUGUGAUCCUUCAGAUAAACACACUUGGAACAACAAUAUUGAGAAAUGUUGAAGUGGAUCCUCAAAUUUCUUUUUUGAGUCUCGAGUAUCCCACUUGUGUGAAUGGUGCACUUCAUUGGAUAAGAUAUGAAAAUCAGCAAAGGUCAAUAUUGUUUUUCUGUUUUGAAAGUGAGAGGUUGCAGUCAUUUCCUUCUCCUCCGCAUGUGUUUGGAAACCAUAAUAGUGGAAUUGUUGAUAACAGACAUAUCAUGGGAGAAUUAAAGGGAUUUCUUUACAUUUGUGACUGGACAUUUUUAUCUGAUGUUUCAGUGUGGGUUAUGAAUGAAUAUGGUAUUGAAGAAUCAUGGACUAAAGUUUACAACAUUGAUACUUCGUUCAAUCCUUCGGGCUGUCUUAUUACAUGGGGUUCAGGUUUAUGGCCGAUAAAACACUUUGAAGAAGGUGCUGCCAUAUUGUUAUAUCAUUGCUACAAUUGUUUUAUCUUCUAUGAACCUGAGAAAUAUGGAUUCAAAGUUUUUCGAAUUCAUGGGAGUCAUUCAAAGUUUUUUGAAGUAAUCCCACAUAUUCCAAGUCUAAUUUCAUUGAAGGAUGUCUUGAAAGGAGACAAUAUCGAGGUGCUGAAUAUCCACUCAAGGUGUGCAAAGUUUAAAUUGCGGGAAGAAAGGGACGUUCUUUCUCUGUUUCAAGAGAUUGUUUGA